AUGUUGAACUUUUACAUAUAUUCCGUCUAUUUACAAUGUUUCUUUUACAUCAUUUUUGAAAAUCAAAAUUUCGUGAAAACCGAAGACGUUCAAAAUUUAAGCUCGGAAGAUUCUGUUGUAUUUACUACGGAUAAAAUUGUCACGGGAAUGGGUAUAUGGUUUCUUGUUUUAUACGCAAUACUUCCAGAAUACCUUGGGUCGGGAUAUGACAUAGUGAAAGCAAACACCCUAGGAGAUUCUGACCAAGGAGAAGACCUUGGUUAUAGAGCACCUGUUGUUGAAUUUUCAUGGGCACAAACUGAUGUAGGUGUUACAAACAGCCUGGAUUGGCUUCAGCCAAUUGGAGGAUGGGUAAGACCAAAAGUGGCCUGUGGAGAAUCAGAAAAUAUUUCAGAGGUUCAUUCGUCCAAAGACUUAAAAAACAUUGUAGAAGCGGAUGUUAGUGUUAAGGUUAAAGUUCCUAACAUUGGAUCUGCUGCAAUUACUACAAAUUACAAUGACAUUAUCAAGGAGAGUGAAAACGUGAAAAAUAAAGUUUAUACUAGCACGUAUUACUGCUUUACAUAUGCCGCUGGUAUGCCUCCAUCGCUGGAUUGGAUCUCAACUGAGGAAUUUCAAACAGCUGUUAAAGAGCUUCCUAAUGAAUUUAAAGACUUUGAAGGGUGUACUACUGAUAUGUAUGAAAAGAAAAGUAAAAUGUGUAAGGAUCAAGAAAAAUGGUUGGAUUUUUUCAACGAGUUUGGAACCCACGUUGUGACUGAGGUUCACUUAGGUGGAAAAUUGACUCGCUUUUUGACCGUUCCGUCUUCUUCUGUUGAAUCAUUCAAAAACAAGGGGUAUAAUGUAAAUGUGGCCAUCGGAGCGGCCCUUUCAGGAAUUGACGGUACUAUAGCAGCUGGUGUUUCCGAUGAUUAUAAACGUGAAGUUGAAAAUUUUACAAGGUCCUGCAAAGUAGAUUUUAGUGUACUCGGUGGGAUCCAUCCUAGCAAAAACAUAUCCGAAGACUCCAUACUCAAGUGGAAGGCAAGCAUACCAAAAUCGCCAAUGCCAGUUAAAAUUGUGUUAACAUCACUAGAAACCUUUUUGACCAAUAAGCAGAGAUUGACUUACAGAGAAGCGCUAAACUUUUAUAUUUCACUAAGUAAAGUCCUUCCCUGGGAAAUAGAACUUAAGAAUGGGAAUGUGUUGACCCUAAAAUCAUUGGUAAAAACUGGAUCCUUUAAAUGUAAUUCUCAGGUUUCUGGCGCUGUUCAAGAAACUAAUUUAGCUGAAAGUUCUAACAAAGUCGUUGCAAAAUGCCCAAAUGGAAAAAGAAUUCUUUUUGGAUUUAUUGUUAGAGCAAUAAAUGACUCGAUUUCAGUAUACAGCUGCAUGCAAAAUAGGUAUAUUAAAAUUUUCGUAAAAACAAAGCUCAGAACUUUUUGCUCUCCUGAAAGUGAUAUGAAUGGAACAAUAUGGAUUUGGAUUCUCUGUGGAAACUCUCUAGGACUAGAGCUAAAGGGAUAUUCCAGUGAAGAUAAGAUAACUUGCGAAAACGGAGAGAAAAUAUUAACUGGAUUUAUAAUAACAAAAAAAGAUAAGAUUUCUAGUGUUCAAUUCACUGCAUGCAAUACUGGUCAAUCUACAUGUUCAAAGAGUACAGACGAAUCAUCCUUUCUGUGGGCAGUUUGUGUUGACGAACGUAUACCUGGAUUAAAGGAUGUUGUAACACUUGCAAACUCUGGAGAUAGAUCCAUAGACUCAGAUUUGUAUUCCAUUGCAGGUUUAACUAGUUUACUAAAUCUUUGUACUCUAGGGGUUUCCCUUUGUUACAAGAAGCAAAAGUCAGAAUCAAGUGUUUGUGAACGUUUCAUAAAGGGAUGUCCGAAAAGUAAUGUUUCAGAAUGCAUAUUCUCUCUUAGUUGGGGAAUAUUUACGACGUAG